UGCCUAAACAGCAAAUCGCCGCAUACGAGGUUCUUUGUCCCAGAAACCCAUUGUAUAGAGCUGAGGAAACCCUGUGCCGUGAGCAGCCAUCUUGAGCCAGGAUAACCUGCAAACCUCUUCUGAACAGCUCCAAAACGCCUAAAGAUUUAAUUCCUGAGCCACCAUGGCCACUGCACCAUAUAACUACUCCUACAUUUUCAAAUACAUCAUUAUUGGGGACAUGGGGGUAGGAAAGUCCUGUUUGCUUCACCAGUUCACAGAAAAGAAAUUUAUGGCAGACUGCCCUCAUACAAUCGGCGUGGAGUUUGGGACGAGGAUAAUCGAGGUGAGCGGACAGAAAAUCAAGCUGCAGAUUUGGGACACAGCAGGACAGGAGCGCUUCAGGGCCGUCACCCGCUCCUACUACCGCGGGGCUGCAGGGGCACUUAUGGUCUACGACAUUACCAGGAGAAGCACUUACAACCACCUGAGCAGCUGGCUUACUGACGCCAGAAACCUCACCAACCCCAAUACUGUCAUCAUUCUCAUAGGAAACAAAGCUGACCUGGAGGCCCAGAGGGACGUCACGUAUGAGGAGGCGAAGCAGUUUGCUGAGGAGAACGGUUUAUUGUUUCUGGAAGCCAGUGCAAAAACAGGUGAAAACGUCGAGGACGCCUUCCUUGAAGCCGCUAAGAAAAUCUACCAGAAUAUCCAAGAUGGCAGCCUGGACCUGAACGCCGCCGAGUCAGGGGUGCAGCACAAGCCCUCGGCGCCUCAGGGCGGUCGGCUAACCAGUGAACCCCAGCCCCAGAGGGAAGGUUGCGGCUGCUAAUGACCAAGCAAAAGCCCCCCUGUCCCCACCGCUCCCCCCGUUCCUCCCUUCUUCUUUAUCCGUUCUGCCCGGUCUCCCUUGAGUAACCCCUCCAUCCAUUCCGACGCCUUCAUCCCUCACUGCACCAGGAGCUGCGUGAGAGCAGGGCUGUGGAGGAAAGGCAGGGCGAACAUCGACUUAACUCCAGACCGAGCUGGGCUGUGUGGACUACAUCUCUCCCUCCUCCUUUUGCCUGUCUCUCUUUGUUGCCGUCUCACUCGUCCUAAAACUGUCCGUGUAUUUCUGCCCAUAACGCCACUGUUCUGCUCCCCCCUCAGUCGUCCUCCCUCCCAUCAGUAGGAUUUGUAGGUGGCACCACGAGUUACUGGUCACUGACACUUUAGAUAGACUCAAUGUUCAAUCGAUAAUAAAGCAAGACUGUUUUUUAUGUUUGGUUUUAUAGAUAUACAUAUAUGAAAUAUACACACUGCAGACGUUUGACGCGCCACUUAUCAGUUUUGUUUAAAUUGAAUCUGAAUGAUAUUCCCAAACUCUUCAAAUUUAUGAUUCUUUUCACCACAUCAUGCAGAUAAGAGAUGUUUAAUUUGAGCGAGGGCAGGAGGUCAGAAAGUAAUUUAUUAAGCGGCCACACGGGUAGCUCCAGACGGAGUGAGUAGUUGAGCUUUUGUUUCUUUCCCUCUGCUUGGCAGAGAAGUAAUUUUUUUCAGUAACUCAUGAGAGAUGCAAUAAAGGAAACUCAUAGAAAAAAAAGAAAUGGCCACAAUAAAUGUUAGGAAUUACCUUCUUAUUACUAUCUUUUGAAAUCUUGCAAGGAUGUUGGUGUUUUCCAGCUGGAAUGAAUUACAGUUGGCUGGAUGGAUGUCUUUUUCUUUCUUUUUAAACUCAGACAUCACUUAAUCACAAUUUCCAUCACUUUCUUCUUCAGCGCCGCCCUGAUGCAUCCAUCCCCCAAAACUCCCCUCACUAUCAUGUCAACACAUCUUUACCAGCAUUUGUUUUGUCAUUGUUGCCUUAUUAUAGCAGUUCUUCUUUUUUGAUGCACUUGCUCUUCACGCUACCCUGAUUGAAUAAAAUUUCUCUUUUAGGAUCACUAUUACAUUCGACACUCAUUAAAUCACAAUUAUUUGGGUCUUUUUUUGUUUUUCUCCUAAAGCUGCACUGAAGAGCCGAUUUAUCUGGAGACUUGUUGGUCUGCCUCAUGUAACCAACACAAAGCAGCAUGCGUCCCCACUCGAAACAUGAAGUUGUAAAACAAAAUGUUUAUUUCCUUCAAGUACAUCUUCUCUGUAACAUAGCAGUCCCCUGACUGAACAGCUGUAUAUAUAUCUUGCUUCUUAACUGCUGGUGAUGACCUAGCUACUGUACUUUGGUUUCAGAAAUUUAUCUGGUGGCUCUGCCAAGAUCUGUACAGUUGCUGUGCUAGUGGGUUGCCUUUAAUUCAUGCUUGGGGAAAUUCUGUAACAUAGUUUCUAUUAAUAAAUGUAUGUAAAGGACAGACCCGGACAAGCCCCCUUCUCCCAUUAACCAGCCCAUCUGCACACUACCGAGUUAGCCGAUAUAACGAGGGGGAGAGAAACUGGUUUGAAGUCUGCAGGUUGUAUUUAUGUCAGCAAUUUUGCAUCAUUUCUGUAUAGAUUAGAGAACGGGGGCGUGUUUGUGUUCAUAGUCGGCUUUAUUUUUUCACCCCAUCAAGGCUGCUCCCUGCCGGAUGCAGGGCGCGUCACUGUCUUAACUAUUUUGGGGAGCAGGGAUUGGUUCUUCAUCGUGGGUGGGGCGGGCUUCCUUUCUCCCCCUCCCUGCCUUCCACCUCUUCACAGUUUGAGUGACCACUUCCUGCUUUGUCUGUCCACAAGUAAAAAGGAAAAAAAAACAA